GGCGGCCGCUCCGCUUUUCUGGGUGAUGUCGGCGAAGCGGCGGAGGAUUGCAGGCUCAGGCCGUGCGGGCGCGGCGCGGCCCGCGGCACCUGGAGAACUCCAUUGAGAAUUGGAGUGUGACAAGUUAACAGGAGAAGAGAAGUUGUUCCUUCCAUUCCAUGGAUCCCUUGGGUGCUCCUUCCCAGUUUGUGGAUAUUGACAGUCUGCCAGGCUGGAGUAAUGUCUGUGAGGCUACCCAGGUGGAUUCUUACCAAAAUCCUGUUGAAAAAGCUCAAGUCGAUGUUAGGUCACCUUUUCCAUACAGGAAAGAUCUCAAUGCAAAAAUCGUCUUAUGGAAAGGAGACGUAGCGUUACUGAACUGCACAGCCAUAGUGAAUACCAGUAAUGAGUCUCUCACCGAUAAGAAUCCAGUAUCUGAAAGUAUUUUCAUGCAUGCUGGGCCUGACCUGAAGGAUGAACUUCAGAAGCUCAAGGGAUGCAGGACAGGAGAGGCUAAACUCACCAAAGGAUUUAAUUUGGCUGCACGCUUCAUCAUUCACACAGUUGGACCCAAAUACAAGAGUCGUUAUCGUACAGCAGCUGAGAGUUCUCUGUACAGCUGCUACCGGAAUGUCCUGCAACUUGCAAAGGAACAGGCAAUGUGCUCUGUAGGAUUUUGUGUCAUUAACUCAUUGAAAAGAUGCUACCCCUUGGAGGAUGCAACCCACAUAGCACUGCGCACAGUUAGAAGGUUCCUGGAGGUUCACGGGGAGACUCUGGAGAAGGUUGUGUUUGCAGUCUCUGAGCUUGAAGAGGCCACUUACCAGAAGUUGAUGCCUCUGUAUUUUCCAAGAUCUUUGGAAGAAGAGAUACAAUCCUUGCCUUACCUCCCUGCAGAUAUUGGUAAUGCAGAAGGAGAGCCUGUAGUUCCAGAACGGCAGAUCAGGAUUACUGAAAAGCCAGGUGUUCCAGAUGAUGCUUCAGAUGAAGAGGGGCUGGAGGCAGAUUUGUCUUUCAUUGGUUCCCAUGCUUUUGCCCGCAUGGAGGGAGAUGUUGAUAAACAGAGACGCCUCAUCCUUCAAGGACAGCUGUCAGAGGCAGCACUGCAAAAACAGCACCAGAGGAAUUACAAUCGUUGGCUGUGUCAAGCAAGAGCUGAAGACCUCUCUGACAUUGCUUCCCUUAAAGCCUUGUACCAGACAGGUGUGGAUAACUGUGGCCGCACAGUGAUGGUAGUUGUUGGAAGAAAUAUCCCUGUAACGUUGAUAGACAUGGAAAAAGCUCUUCUGUAUUUCAUCCACGUCAUGGAUCAUAUUGCAGUUAAGGAAUAUGUCCUAGUGUAUUUCCAUACGCUCACAAAUGAUUACAAUCAACUAGAUUCUAAUUUCUUGAAGAAACUCUAUGAUAUUGUUGAUGCCAAGUACAAAAGGAAUUUGAAGGCAUUAUAUUUUGUCCACCCAACAUUUCGUUCAAAGGUCUCAACAUGGUUUUUCACUACCUUUACUGUCUCAGGGCUAAAGGACAAGAUCCACUAUGUGGAAAGCCUUCAGCAGUUAUUCACAGCCAUACCUCCAGAACAGAUUGAUCUCCCUCCUUUUGUUCUUGAGUAUGAUGCCAGGGAAAAUGGGCCUUACUAUUCCUCGUAUCCUCCAUCCCCUGACUUGUGAUCUGCAGUCCUGCAAUGCUGUUGGUUUCCCAUGGAUCCAAUGACCUGAUGUCUGCCAAAACCUGUGCAUUUGCCCACAGAAUUCAGAGAGAGGGUUUUCCUCCCCCAGCUCUGGUAUUUUUUUACUGAUGAGAUAUUUUCAAGCACUCAAGCAAUCAGAACACUUUAUGCCACUGUGAACUGUACAACUAUUUCAAAUAUAUUUAUCCAAUGGAAAAGUUGAUUUUUUUUUUUUUGGAUCAGUAUUUUAUUUUCUUCUUUUUUGAAGCUGUUACAUUUAUUCCUGAACAGAUUUUCUCUUUUCAGGGAGAUCCAUCAUCAAAAACAUUUGAUUGUGUUUGUAACUUAUAAUUUUCCACAUCCAUUUGUAAUACCUGUUUUUGACUGGUUUGUACAAAUAUUGUGCAGUACCAGCCUGACAUGUUGCUCAUUAUAUGGUUUCUAUGCUUUCAGGUCUGGUCACUUUCCCUUUUGGUUAGUGAUGAUUACUUUGGUUUUGAUGCAGCAAAAGUACCUGAAAUUGGGAAUACCGUGUUUGCAGGCUGAACAGAACACUGCAGCCAAGCAAAGAUUACUGCGGCACUUAAUACCAUAAAUGCUGACUGAGCUAGGAGCCUGAUGGAUCCCAGUCCAUCUUCAGUGAAUGAUGUGACAUGUCAGGAUGCCACUACCCUCCCAGCAAGAAUAAAGUUGAAAAGCAUUUACACUUCCUUUACUUCUAGAGUUCUUCAUGUCUGCUUUGAAAUGCCAGAUGUGUUUCUAUGAUAAAUGAGAAGCAUCUUUCUGAAUUGGUGAAGAGGCCAAAUGGUUUCUUAAAGAUAUCAGUGUUCCUUUUACUUCUUGAUAUGCUGUUUUAUGUAUUACACUGUAUGACAUCUGCUGAUUUUGACAGACACAGUAUACAAGAGUGCAGCAUCUGCUGAUUUUGACAGACACAGUAUACAAGAGUGCAGCAGUGAUAUUUAUGGAAUUGGAUGUUAAAAGUAUAUCAGCUGCCAACAGAACACUGAAAGAAUAGGGAGAAGGCUCCUUUAAAAAUAUCAUCAGAGAGGAUGGAAUCCACAGUAGGAAGAAUGUCACAAAAGUUCUGAGUAUGGAAUGUCGUCAUGAGAUCUUGUAACAUGGUUAGUCUGAAAACAUUUCUCUCCCAAAGCACUGUAUGUUGUUUGGAUAAAUAGGAAAAUAAUUCUCCCUUGAUUUUGAUAGUGUAAUUGUGUGUCACAACUUGUUUGCACUUCGAGGGUUUUGGCUUUCUUGUAUUAGGAGUACAGUGGAAGGUGGACUGUACUGAGUUUCCUUUCUCUCCUGCCUUGGCCUCCUUUUGGCUUGAUGUUAUGUUUAUGCUCCAUAUACCCUCAGCAUGUUGGUAUGUCACUUACAGAUGAAAACUUGGCUGGGAUUUAACAGUCAUGUACAUACAACUUAAUGGUGCUUUUCUAAGUGACCACCAGGAUCUUUAUGUGAUUCCAUUAUCAGGUCUAAGGUGCUGUGGAAGGCUGGAAACUGUAGCACAGUGGAAACCACCUUGCUGUUAAUACGUGGAUUACAAAUGCUUCUUUUGACACUUGUCUGUUUUUUGAGAGAGGAAAAUAGCAGCAGUCAAGCUGGAGCAGCUACCACAUGUCCCUAACCUCCUUUCACCUAGCUGUUUACAGCUGCCCUUGUCUCCUAACUGGUUUACAGCCAGCAGUGAAUUUUCCAUGCCUCUCUAACGAUUUGUAUAGCUUUCCACCCCCAUUAACCAUCUGCUGUUUUUCACACCCAUGGCAUUUUCACCAGGACAUUUGCGAAAUAGCUAGUGCCCACUUAAUAGGCACAUUAAAGGUGAUUCAAAGUGUAUUGCAAAAACAGAGCUCUCAGCUUCAUCAGUUGAGGCAGUCCCUAUGCCUUUAGUUCACAGAUGGCUCAGAGUCAUAAGACCUGAACACUUUUUCUUAGGACUCUGUCUGCACGUUUUUCAGACCCGAGCCCAGUCAUCUUAAGAAAUUAUUUGGCUCAACAUAGUGCAAAACUGUCUCUGGUGCACUUGUAAAGUGAAAAAGGAGAUCUUGGCACUGUGUAUCUUAUUGUGUAUAUUUUUCCCUUGAAGGAACUUUAAUUUUUUUAAUGCAAGUCUUACAUAUCUGAGUAGCAGGACAGACCAGCACUGUGCUGUGAAAAUCAUGCUUUUUUUCAGUGGAUCUGCAUUUGUGAUGAUUUACCACUUGUAUUUUUACUGGAGCCUAUUAGAACUAAUGUGUUAUGGGGGGGUGAAGGGGAAAGGGGAUCAAAUCACUGAGGAUCUCGGGUUAUUCAAUAUAAUUAAAAUAAUCCUAAUAUACAAACUGUAUCUUUUUAGGCUGAGAUAAACACUGGCAUACCAUAAUUAAGGGCGGAUACAAUGUGCUCAUUUUAGAGAGACCCAAGAGCACGCUCUGCACAUCUUAACUCUUAGUGUUUUAACAACCCUACCCACUGCAGAAUUAUAACUCCUAAUGAAAGCUUUAUGCCUUGCUUAGACUAUUUCAAACCAUCUGUAGGCUUACAGAGGGAGUCACCAUAGGGAAGCAUAUUACUAUAAUUAUGUGAGUAUUGUUUUUGCUGCUGUAACUCCCUGUGAUGUUGACAUUAGACUGACACAGUUACUGUCAGUGAAACUCACAUGCAGCGCUUAGGCACUUAUUUGUUAUUAGCUAUACCUCUUCUGAAAGCAUCACACAUUCCCUUACUUACACUGUUUUUAGAUGUCUUUGGGGCCAGUUUCUGGCAAGCUGAUGCCUUACUACAGUCAGGUGAUUCAAUCAAAGUCUUUCUGAUUACUUGCUGACAUUGGCCAAACUGAAUUUUAGAGCAAUUACCAAAGUGGUGAAAGGUAAAGCAUUUGGUAGCUGCUUCUGUUCUUCCUGUUGCUUUCUUCUUAUGCAGCUGCUGUCGGGAAUAGGAAGUGGCAAAGAGUUGAAGGCAAAGUCAGAAUGUCAGGUUUGUGCAGGAGAUUGAGGUGGCAUGUAUUUGUCAUGUAUGUUUGAAAUUGAGCUGCUCUUUUCCUUCAUUCUCCUGCUUUCUUAGAAUGAAAACAGCUUCUGAGUCUUUCUGGCAACUUUGCUUCCCUCAUAGUAGCCUAAAACCUUGUUGGUUUUUUUUGUCGUUAGUGCCUCUGUUGCCUUGUCUUUGUCUUGAAUUAGACCUCCUCUCUAGUCUAUUCCUGAGCACUUAUGUGGCUGCAGUGCUGCAAAGGAUUAGCAUCCAACUGCUGAGACCAGACGCUCCAUGUGAAAUUAAUUUAGAUGGCUCUGCUAUUCAGCAAGCUGAUAUCAGCCUUUCUCCUUUGUGAAAGUGAAAAACAAGAGUAAAUCUUGUUUCUCCCCUUUCUUUGGCCUCUCUAGGAUGAAUCCUAUUAAAUCUGUGACCAGGCAACAGAAGCAAUAGUCCCCAUUUGAAAAUUGUUUGCACCUCUAAGUAUAUUACAGACAUUCCUGAUUAUUUUGAUUCUGGUUAAAGGGAUCUUAGUGAAUUCUGUUACAAGUGCAGGCUUGGGAGAGGAAGGGACACUAUUCAGCUGCAUUUGGGGGAGUAGUGUAGGAAGCUAUCUGAAACAGCUCAAUAUGUGAUCCUCCAGGGCCAAGGAACUCAAACCUUAGUAUGUAGCAACUGUCCCAGUGAAUGUAUUUUUCAGUCUCCCAUGAGAAAAGGGAUUGGCCCCAAGUUAGAUAAAUGACUGUGUACCCAAACCGACAGCCUCUGCAUUAAGAUCAGAUGAGGGCAUGGAUGAGCUAAAGCAACCCUGAACUGCAGUGGAGCAAUGAGAAACAAGCAAACCUGCUGCAAAAAGCUAUGUUCUUUCUAAGCUGACAAAGAAAAAAAAAAAA